CCGUCUCCGCUGGCGGCCCGCAGUCGCACCGCGUAGCCCUGCGACGCGCCAUGCCGGCCGACGCUGCGACCUGACCGGAGCGCCGCUCUAACCCAAUAGUGUAAACCGCGACAGGAUUCGUCGCCUGGACCCCUACCGCACGGAGGCUUUGGUGUAAAUCGGUCCCCGUACCGAUGUGUUAGUGCAACAGGAAAGCAACAAAAGCCGCCAUGUCGUCGGUGAAGGUGGCGGUGCGAGUGCGCCCCUUCAACUCGCGCGAGAUCGCCAGGGACUCCAAAUGCAUCAUAGAAAUGUCGGGCAACACUACAGUAAUAGUGAAUCCGAAAGCACCCCCCGGGAACAAAGAUGCUGCCAAAAGCUUCAACUUCGAUUUCUCAUACUGGUCUCACAAUCCCAGCGACCCGGAAUUCUCGUCUCAAGUCAUGGUGUACAAAGACAUCGGAGAAGAGAUGCUUCAACAUGCUUUUGACGGCUACAACAUAUGCAUAUUCGCCUACGGUCAGACGGGCGCGGGCAAAUCAUACACGAUGAUGGGCCGCGAUGAAGACCAGGGCAUCAUCCCGAACAUCUGCAAGGAUCUGUUCCGUCGCAUCAGGCAGACCACUUCUGAUGACCUCAAGUACUCGGUGGAAGUCUCCUACAUGGAGAUAUACUGCGAGCGCGUCCGGGACCUGCUGAACCCUAAGAACAAGGGCAACCUUCGCGUCCGCGAGCACCCGGCCCUUGGACCCUACGUCGAGGACCUUAGCAAGCUGGCCGUCACAUCGUACCAGGACAUUUACGACCUUAUCGACGAGGGCAAUAAGGCUCGGACGGUGGCAGCGACGAACAUGAACGAGACGUCAUCUCGCUCGCACGCCGUAUUCACUAUCUUUUUCACGCAACAGAGGCACGACCAGACCACGGAUCUUAUGUCUGAGAAGGUGUCGAAGAUCUCCCUAGUGGACUUGGCGGGCUCCGAGCGAGCCGACUCGACAGGCGCCAAAGGCACCAGGCUGAAGGAAGGCGCGAACAUCAACAAAUCACUCACCACGCUGGGGAAAGUCAUCUCCGCGCUUGCUGAAAUCGCGUCAAAGAGCAAGAAAUCAAAGAAGGCAGACUUCAUACCAUACCGUGACUCUGUGCUGACCUGGCUUCUCCGAGAGAACCUGGGAGGGAACUCCAAGACCGCCAUGAUAGCUGCUAUAUCGCCCGCCGAUAUCAACUACGACGAGACACUUAGCACAUUGAGAUACGCCGACCGCGCCAAACAGAUCGUUUGCAAGGCGGUCGUCAACGAGGACGCCAACGCCAAGCUCAUCCGCGAGCUCAAAGAGGAGAUCCUCAAACUGCGCGAACUCCUCAAGGCGGAGGGCAUCGAGGUCGAGGAAGGACCAGAUGGUAGAGUCGUUUAUGAAAAGAAAGAUCCGCCUACCACCGAAGAGAACGCGUCUCCGCAACGCAAGAAGAGCGAGGCCGAAGUGCUGUCUCCGAAGCUUUCCCGAGCGGCUACGACCAUUGCCGAAGAAGCUGUGGAUCAGUUGCAGGCCUCCGAGAAACUUAUCGCUGAAUUGAACGAAACUUGGGAAGAGAAACUCAAGCGCACCGAGCAGAUCCGUGUGCAACGCGAGGCCGUGUUCGCGGAGAUGGGCGUCGCGGUGAAGGAGGGCAUCACUGUCGGAGUUUACUCGCCCAAGAAGACCCCUCACCUGGUCAACCUGAAUGAGGACCCGAAUCUUUCGGAGUGCCUCAUAUAUUACAUCAAGGAUGGUGUGACGAGGCUCGGCACUUCAGAGGCCAACGUUCCUCAAGACAUCCAAUUGUGCGGCUCUCAUAUCCUCAGUGAGCACUGCAUUUUCGAGAACACUGACGGCGUCAUCUGCCUCAUACCUCACCGCGAGGCCCUCAUCUACAUCAACGGGCGUGAGGUCACAGAGCCGAUAAUCCUGAAGACGGGCUCCCGCGUGAUCCUGGGCAAGAACCACGUGUUCCGCUUCACACACCCUGGCCAGCCGCUCGAAGACAAGGAGGCUGUCAUCAACAAGGAGAUGACCACCGCCGACCCUGCUGGCAAUGACGCCGAAAACGUAGACUGGGACUUCGCGCAAUGCGAGCUGCUGGAGAAACAAGGCAUCGACCUGAAGGCCGAGAUGCAGAAGCGGCUCGUGGCUUUGGAGGAGCAGUUCCGAAGGGAGAAAGAGCACGCUGACCAGCAGUUUGAGGAACAGAGAAAGAACUACGAAGCCCGCAUAGACGCGUUGCAACGCCAAGUGGAGGAGCAGAGCGUGACCAUGUCCAUGUACAGUUCGUACACCCCCGAGGACUUCCACAACGACGAGGAUAUCUUUGUGAAUCCCCUGUUUGAGACAGAGUGUUGGUCGGCGCGCGAGGUGGGGCUGGCCGCGUGGGCGUUCCGCAAGUGGAAGUACCACCAGUUCACCUCGCUCCGGGACGACCUGUGGGGGAACGCUAUAUUCCUGAAGGAAGCCAACGCGAUCUCCGUCGAGCUUCGCAAGAAGGUCCAAUUCCAGUUCACGCUCCUCACCGACACCCCCUACUCCCCCCUCCCCGCAGAGCUGGCCCCCCGCGACGACGCCGACGACGAGUACCGCCCCAGCGCGCCCACCGUCGUCGCCGUAGAGGUCACUGACACCAAGAACGGCGCCACGCAUUACUGGACGCUCGAGAAACUGCGCCACCGCCUGGAGCUAAUGCGCCAGAUAUACAACAUGAACGAGAGCUUGUGCGAGGAGGACGAGGCCCCGCCCCUGGUGCUGGCCCCGCCCCCCGCGCUCGCGCAGGCCCCGCCCACGCCCGACAUUCUGCAGUGUAUCUCGGCGGCCGCGCAGCAGACCAGACUGUCGCUCGCGAACCUGCUGCCCUCGAGACAAAGGCUGGAGCUGAUGCGGGAGAUGUACCACAACGAGGCGGAGUUGUCGCCGACCUCCCCCGACCACAACGUGGAGUCCGUCACCGGCGGGGAUCCGUUUUACGACCGCUUCCCCUGGUUCCGCAUGGUUGGACGGAGCUUCGUGUACCUGUCAAACCUCCUGUACCCGGUUCCGCUCAUUCACAAGGUCGCCAUCGUGAACGAGAAAGGAGACGUGAAAGGCUACCUGCGGGUCGCCGUGCAGGCGGUCAUUGACGCCGAGAAAAACAACGCAGAGUUCGCGGCGGGCGUGAAGCAAUCAGCCAAGAUCUCAUUCGACGACGACGUCGCGCCCGCGCGCCGCAAGACGCUCGCCAGCGUCAUCGACAAGAACAACGCGCUCAACCUCGAGGAGCGCAUCGAUCUCGCAGACUCCAAUAUUAAAAUAGAAGAGUUAGCCGGCGGCGAAUGCGACGCCGACAGCGGCCGCGGAGACAGCUCUCUCGCCUCAGAGCUGAAAGAGGAAGACCUGCCCGAACACCUGACUCUAGGCAAAGAGUUCACCUUCCGCGUCACCGUGCUGCAAGCACACAGCGUAUCCACAGACUACGCCGACGUGUUCUGCCAGUUUAACUUCCUCCACCGUAACGAAGACGCAUUUUCGACAGAGCCCGUUAAGAACACUAUUAAGAACACACCGCUCGGAUUCUACCACGUACAAAACAUCACUGUACCAAUAACAAAGUCAUUCGUGGAAUACAUUAAAACACAACCCAUUGUUUUCGAAGUAUUUGGGCACUACCAGCAACACCCAUUACACAAGGACGCCAAACAAGACGGCCCAGUGGCCGGGCGGACGCCGCCGCGCCGCAUGCUGCCGCCCUCCAUCCCGAUCUCGGCGCCCGUGCGGAGCCCCAAGUGGGGCGCGGCCAGCGUGGCCCCGCCCUGCUGCUCGUCACACCUGCACUCCAAACACGACCUGCUCGUGUGGUUCGAGAUCUGUGAGCUCGCGCCCAACGGGGAAUAUGUGCCUGCUGUGGUGGAACACAGUGAUGAACUCCCAUGCCGAGGGCUGUUCCUGCUGCACCAGGGCAUCCAGCGCCGCAUCCGCAUCACCAUCCUACAUGAACCUUCUGGAGAUUUGCAGUGGAGCGACAUUCGCGAGCUCGUCGUCGGCCGUAUCCGCAACUCGCCUGAGGCUAAUGAAGAUACAGCGGACGGCGAAGAAGACGGCGCGCUGUCGCUAGGACUCUUCCCCGGAGAGAGGCCCACGCUCGACGAUCGGGCUGUAUUCAGGUUCGAAGCGGCGUGGGACAGCAGUCUCCACGGUUCGCCGCUACUGAACAGGGUUAGCGCCAACGGAGAAGUUGUCUACAUUACGCUUAGCGCAUACCUCGAGGUUGAGAACUGCGCCCGACCAGCUAUCAUCACGAAGGACCUGUCGCUGGUGGUGGUGGGGCGCGAGGCGCGCACGGGCCGCUCGCUGCGCCGCGCGCUGUUCGGCUCCAAGUGCGCGCGCGCAGACCGCCUCACCGGCGUCUACGAGCUCAGCCUGCACCGCGCCCUGGAGCCAGGUGUCCAGCGACGACAAAGGCGCGUGUUAGACACGAGCGGUACAUACGUGCGAGGAGAGGAGAACCUACACGGCUGGCGUCCGCGCGGAGACUCGCUUAUAUUCGACCAUCAGUGGGAGCUCGAGAAAAUGACCCGACUGGAACAAGUAGGGCGCACGCGACACUUCAUGGCGCUGCGCGAGCGCCUGCGACACGGACACGAGAACACUGUGGCGCCCAACGACUUCACCAAGACCGAGAAGGAGGUGUGCAACAUGGCGGCCAAGGCGGCGGCCGAGCAGCACGCGCGCGACGAGUCGCUGUACGAGCCGUGGGACAUGACGCCGCGCGAGCGCGAGCUCGCCACCAAGUUCCUCAAGCUCAUACAAGGGCGAAUAGGAAUGAACAAUAACACCGAGGGCGCUCAGUCGCCCGCUAGUCCCGUGGACGAAGGCCUCGCGCCCGACGUCUCCACGCCAUCCCUGCUCUCCUCCGUACACAGUGCCAGCAGCUUCGAACUAUGCUCACCGGAGCGCGCGCUCCUAGAGAAAUCAAUGGCGGCUUGGGGAGGCGCCCAACUGAGCGCGGGCGGCGCGCUGUACGUGCCCGACUGCGAGGAGGUGCGCGUGUCCGCCGCCGUGGCGCGCCGCGGGCACCUCAACGUGCUGCAGCACGGCACGCACGGCUGGAAGAAGCGGUGGCUGGUGGUCCGCCGGCCGUACGUGUUCAUCUACCGCGACGAGCGUGACCCCAUCGAGCGCGCCGUCAUCAACCUCGCCAACGCCCACGUGGAAUACUCCGAAGACCAGGAGCAGAUGGUGCGGAUGCCCAACACUUUCAGCGUUGUGAGCAAGGAGCGCGGCUACCUGCUGCAGACGCUGGGCGACAAGGAAGUUCACGACUGGUUGUACGCCAUCAACCCGCUACUCGCCGGGCAGAUCAGUUGUCGUGCCGCAGGUCCCGCUCGGCGCGGCGCGGCGACAAGGCGGCCGCGCCCGCGCCCGCAUGAGACCUCACCAUGGAGUCUAUCCUCGUUUAUUAAGCGCAUCGCCUCCAGCCAGCGUACUGACGUGCAUCCUUGCCAUUGAAACUGCUAGGGCUUGUUCAUUCUGUUUCUGAACGUCGGUUCGCGCGAAAGAAAGCCGGAUAUUCCGAGUAGUGUUGACGGUUCGCGCGUUUCGAGAGCGGAGAGUCGUGAGUGAAAGGUGUCAUUGAGCGAUUUCAGUGGGUACUGGUACUUCCCUGUAAAUGGUUUACCGAUCUCUUUUUGGGUAUAUUAGGAUUGAAACCUGUCUCCCCUAACGAUUUUAGACUUUUUAUUAAGCCAUGUAGACAAUUUUAUCCAAAUCAUGAAAUGAACACCAUCAAGGUUAAACAAUCGUCUUUAGAUGUUAUAUUAGCGGUUGUUGUAGAAUAAAUGGUUUCGCUCUUUAAUAAACUUUUAAAAUCGGCCAAUUGAACUAUAAAAUAGUCCGAGAGUUGAUUCAAUAUACCUACGAGUAUGAGGAUUUCAAGUUUGAAAAGGAACGUAAAAGUCAUUAUUGUCUUCCUCAUAUGAUAGAAACUGGUUAACUAGUCAAACCAAAUUGACAUCCGUAAGAGGUUUAUUAGAUGAAAUUUUGGCUGGUUUGGUAUGGAUAUGGAUGGCAUGGAUAUUUACAUAUAUUUGACUUUCAUUCCAUAAGGCCUAAAUAUGAAGAACAUUUAUGAGAAGAAGCUAGAAGAAGUGGUCCACCGAUUCAUCUGAUUUGAUAUUUCAAUAAAUUACUUUCAAAGAAUUUUGGGACCACAGAAAUAUAAUUUUAAACUAUAGUAAGUCCAGACGCGAUCAAUUAUUUUAGCAUAUCCCCAAUUUAUUAACAGUAUUAUAAAACAAAUGCAUUUAAUGCUAUAUACGAUUUAUACGUAAUAGUCAUAUACGAUUAUAUAUGUUGAUUAGUGCGUUACAAGCAGAUUAUGAGUGUUGUCAGAGGCGGGACCAAGCCGGCACUAUCGUCUGUAUCUUUAGGUAUUUAAAUAAA